AUGUGGAUCUUCAGGGUGAAGCGGCCGCCGGGCUCUCCACCUGUCUUCAAGGCACGGUACGUUGCUCGUGGCUUCAGUCAGCGGCAGGGAGUUGACUACUUUCAGACCUUCUCUCCCACCCCGAAGAUGACUACUCUUCGGGUGCUGCUGCACAUAGCCGCUCAGCGCGACUACGAGCUUCACUCUCUCGACUUCAGCACUGCGUUCUUGCAGGGUAGCCUGCACGAGGAGAUCUGGCUUCGCCGUCCACCUGGCUUCACUGGGACUUUCCCUCCUGGCACCCAGUGGAGCCUCCGACGGCCAGUCUACGGUCUCCGCCAGGCACCGCGUGAGUGGCACGACACACUGAGGACUACGCUUGCGGCUCUUGGGUUUGCUCCUUCUACUGCUGACCCGUCGCUGUUUCUUCGCACCGACACUUCCCUGCCGCCGUUCUACAUCCUCGUGUACGUCGACGACCUGGUCUUUGCCACAGCGGACACUGCUGGACUCGCCUACGUGAAGUCCGAGCUGUUGAAGAGACACACGUGCACAGACCUGGGUGAACUGCGCAGCUACCUUGGCUUGCAGAUCACUCGGGACAGAGCACGCCGCACCAUUACCUUGACUCAGUCACACAUGGUGCAGCAGGUCCUUCAGCGCUUCGGCUUCACGUACUCCUCGCCUCAGGCCACUCCUCUGCCUACUCGCACUCACUCUCAGCUCUGCCUUCGGAUGAGUCCACCGGAGCACAUGGCUGCAGCGAAGAGGGUAUUGCGCUACCUGUGCAGUACGUCAGGCAUGGGGCUAGUGCUUGGAGGGCGGGGUCCAGUGGUCCUUACCGGCCACGCGGACGCGUCUUGGGCUGACGACCAGGCUACGCAGCGGUCGUCACAGGGUUACACCUUCAGCCUUGGUUCCGGCUCUGUCUCGUGGCGGUCUACUCGCUCGUCUUCGGUUCUCGGCUCCAGUUGUGAGGCUGAGAUCUACGCCGGGGCCAUGGCUGCACAGGAGCUUCGCUGGCUCACCUACCUUCUGACUGACCUUGGAGAGCCGCCUCGUUCUCCUCCAGUGCUGUACGUAGACAACAAGGCCAUGCUGGCCUUGUGUCGAGAGCAGCGCUUGGAGCACAGAACGAAGCACAUUGCUCUCCGCUACUUCCUUGCUCGUGAGCUGCAGCAGCGUGGUCAGUUGCGACUUGCGUACGUGGCCUCUGAGGCCAACACUGCUGAUGUGUUCACCAAGGCACUUGCGCCUUGUGACCAUCAGCGCUUCUGCACCCAGCUGGGUCUUGUGCCUGUCUUGCCUCACUUGCUCUCCUCUUGA